CAUCCGGUCCGGGUAAUCCCGCCCUUUUCAACCAACCCACCUCCAACAUCGUCAGCAUUCGAUACAACAAUCUCGUCCAUAAAAUUGCCGGCAUUAUUCAUCGUUUGUUUUAUAUAUUGAUGACUUCGAUUCCAAUAGUUUGCUAUGGCUCGCCGCCGAACAGAUCUAAGCGCCCAGGUGAGGCAGCGAGCUCCAGUAGAAACAGAAGAGACAAUAAAUAGCAAGGCCUCAAGACAUGGUAAAAUAUACGCCUUAAGAACUACGAAAAAGCAGCUAUCACCUUGAAAAUGGCUAUCGAGCGGAACAUACCACGGAGCCUAGACAGGCUCAUCUGGUGCAAAACAUCAUUAUCAUUUCAAAGGAGCAACUUUUGGUUUCUGGUACAGCAAACGGCAUGUCGCAUUUAUUUACUAGAAAGAUCAUAACUCCCUCUCGGGGCCGUAAAAGAUUGAAAUCUGGCCAUGCCGUGCCUAACAAUCAAGAUGGACGAAGACCAAGCGAAGCGAAGAGCAUCGCCUACCGGGAUGCGAACUACGAAGAGUGGCUUCAGGUACACGCCGGGUUCUACAUGAUCGAGCAUGCGCUUCGGAUCUCGGAGAAAAGUGAAAAUCUCUGCAACAAACUCCUUGAGACGAAGCAUAUGCCUCCAACGCGUACCAUAUUUAGUGACGAGACUUUCGAAGAAGCCUGUCAAAGACUGCAAGGCAAAAAUGAAGCUAGAAUAGUACAAGAUAUAGCUCGACUGCUUGUUCCCUCUGCGGAUGCCCUCGCUACGUUCAGCGACACACGUUUCGAGGUUUUGGUCGAGAGUGUCGACGAGGGUUGGAGUAAUUCCAUUCAGGUGACAAAUCCUCGCCCACAACCUGAUUAUGCCGUUGGAUUUAGGGAGACCGCCUUUACACCUGAGCAACUGAAAAAGCUCAAACCUGCAUUGGGUCAUCCAUUGUACCAGUCCCAUUUCAUGGCAACCUACUACAUGUGCUUCCCGUUCCUCACCAGCGAAGCCAAAUGUGGUACUGCAGGACUUGGCCUUGCAGAUCGCCAAAAUGCGCACAGCAUGACGCUUGCGGUCAGAGGCAUCGUUGAAUUAUUCAAAUUGGCCAAGAGAGAAAACGAACUAAACCGGGAAAUUCUGACCUUUUCUGUUUCCCACGAUGACCGAGCAGUGAUGCUAUACGGCUACUAUCCUAUUAUCAACGAGUCCCAAUUCACAAUUCACCGCCAUCUAAUCCGCAGUUUCGACAUUCAAGACCUCGAUGGCAAGGAGAAAUGGACAGCAUACGGCUUCACUAUCGAGGUUUAUAACGAAUCACUUAAUCUCCUCGACAAACUCCGAUCCGUCAUCGACGAACUGCCGCCUGACUUCACCCUGGAACAAACCCAACCAGCGCCAAGUGAUGAAGACUCUCAGCCUUCUGCGUCAGAUGAGCUGCCAGAAAGGGCCUCUAAAAAACGCAAAGUGGCUGAAUAGACUCCGUCGAUAUAUAUAGACGACUUUGAGACCGCGUAUAUGUAAGGUGUACGCUGUUUGCUCAGCAUAGCCAUGACCUUGGAACUUUUUGGCCUUUUAUUUUGAACGCUUUUGUAUCAUGACACACAGCAAAUCAGUCAUGUCAUUCACUCUUUAUAUAGUAUUUACUCUGUUUGGAUUUAUCAACAUGUAUACACAUUCUUGUACCCACGUUUAGCAUCGUCAUAUAUACUCCUUUUGAAUGGACUCUCACUAGCCGUCCUUAGAAUACUUAUACUAGUACAGCUCAUUGCAUGCAACAGACUCAGAACACUACCACCAACUUACAAGCUGAACUAUGUCGUACUGUAAAAUAUAUCGUUUGUAGUGAAAGCAAUUCUAUCUUUAAGUAACAGCAACAGCAACCUUCUUUUUUAG